AAAAGCUAAUUUAACCGCUUAAAAGACGCAAACCCCAGCGUCCUUAUGUUCUUCAGCUACACAAAAGGUGAACAAACUUUGAGUGAUUUCCGCUUUAUUGCGAAAGUCCUGGCCGGAAGCAGCGGUCGUGUGUCCUGGAGCAACUUGCGGGUGAGUAGUUGGGACCGAGUUGGACCAUGUCCCCGAUGCUGGCGCUGCUGCUGGCGCUGCUUGCGCUGCUGUUCGGCGUCCUGCGCUCCAGGAAGAGACGCCAUGGAGAGCCACCACUGGUCAACGGCUGGAUCCCACAUGUGGGAAAAGCUCUGGAGUUUGGGAAGGAUGCACGCCAAUUCCUCGAGGACCAUAGGAAAAAGUUGGGAGAUAUUUUCACUGUUCACAUCGCUGGUCGCUACAUGACCUUCAUCAUGGACCCCCUUCUCUACCCGAGAGUCAUUAAACAGGGACGCCAGCUGGAUUUCCACGAGUUCUCCAGCAAGACUGCGCCUGCUAUCUUUGGCUACAGGCCUGUGGCCUUGUUCCCUGGCCUGGAUGAGAAGGUCCACCGCUCCUUCCAGCUUCUGCAGGGAGACCACCUGGGCAAUCUGACAGACAGCAUGAUUGGAAACCUCAUGCUAGUCUUUCGCUUGGACCACCUGAACCUCGCCGGCUGGACGUCGUCGGGGUUGUACGACUUCUGCUACUCUGUGAUGUUCGAGGCCACGGUCCUCACCAUCUACGGCCGCAGCGCUGCCAACGGCCGCCAUGAAGGCAUGGAAGAGCUGCGGCGAGACUUCGUCCGCUUUGACGCCAUGUUCCCGUUGCUCGCCGCCCGCGUCCCCCUCUGUCUGCUGGGCCGGACCAAGUGGACCCGGGACCGACUUCUGCGCUGGUUCCUGCCCAACCGAGUCCACAGCUGGCAGAACACAUCCAAGUUCAUCCAAUAUCGAAGGGAAGUCUUGGACCAGUUUGAGAGGCUCACGGACGUUGACAAAGCAGCUCAUCACUUCACUAUCCUGUGGGCCUCGGUUGCCAACACGACUCCAGCUACCUUCUGGACUGUGUUUCACCUGCUGACACACCCCGAGGCCCUGGCGAUGGUUCGGCAGGAGGUCCAGCAAGUUCUGGAGCGCAGCGGGAUCCAGUUCCACCACGACAUGGACGUGGCGUUAACCCGUGACCAACUGGACCAGAUGCUCCUACUGGACAGCUCCAUCAGAGAGAGUCUCCGGCUGGUGUCGGCUUCCAUGAACAUCCGGCUGGUCAUGGAGGACCUGACUCUUCAGGUGUCUUCUCAGCGCUCCAUCAACGUUCGUAAGGGGGACGUGAUCGCCCUCUACCCUCCGAGCCUGCACAUGGACCCCAACAUUUACGAGGACCCGGAGGCAUUCCGGUAUGAUCGGUUCCUGGAGGUCGAAGGACAGAAGCCAGUCUUCCACAAGGACGGACAGAAGCUCAAAUACUUCCUGAUGCCUUUCGGCUCGGGGGCCUCCAAGUGCCCAGGCCGCCACUUUGCUGUCAAUGAGAUCAAACAGUUUGUCGCUCUGCUGUUGCUUUACUUCGAUCUGACGCCCGAGCAACCGGGUUGCCCGCACCCUUACCCUGAUCCUCAGCGGGCCGGAAUCGGGGUCCUGCAGCCCAAUGUUGACUUCAGAUUCAGAUUAAGGUGCCGACCAUAAACCUCUGCUAGGACUGUUCCGUUUACAUGUCUUUUCUAUGUACAUUCCUCUAAUCCAGCCAGAAGAUUUCACCUACUUUUGUGCCUUUUAAACUUUUAUGUCUAAGUCUAAUCUAGUCUUGCUGUUGCACUCUUAAGUUCCAUGUCACAAGGACUGUGCUGACACCAUGACUAUAGUGACCCCUGCUGGUCAUGAGCCAAAGACACGAACGCCGUCCAAUAACAGAGUGACACUCAGCUCAUUUCGAACUGAUGUAUGUUUCUUUAUUGGCUUUUUAAUAAAACAACAAA